AUGUCCACAGCAGAGGGGGCCAUUUUGGAAGUGGAUCAGAAGCUGGCCUUCGCCAAGGCCUUGCCCGAAGAGAUCCAGAAGCUGGCGUGGUCACGCGCCGGCUUGUUGCCGACAACCACGGACGAUGCGGUCCUGCGCGCAAAUGCUGCUCGCUUGAUGGAGCACACUACGACCGUGGUCCGGGAAGCGCGGCUGGCUUGGGUGGACGCCGCCGUGCGGGAUGAUGCGGUGAAGGCCAACAUUGCCUUGCUGCCCCCUGCAGACUUCCUCGCCCGGGCCCAAGUGGAGUGCAUGCCUGAGAGUGUUCGCGCGGAUUGGAGCCGCGUUCUCAAAGGAGAUGAUUCUGCCGACUUGGUGGCCCUGCGUGCUCAGCUUUUCCACAACAUGUGGAGCCUGGACGCUGCCGUGGAGAAGUAUGAGAAGGGUUUGAGCUUUGGGGAAAAGUACGCGAAGAAGGAGCCUGGUCGAGACGCAGUCCAAUCCUUCCUCAGCCUCUUUGACCUCGAGCAGCGGCAGGCCUUCGGAUUGCCGGCCAAGAAGACCUCCAUGUGGAGGGACGCGUGCUCUGCGGCUUACACUUUGGCGUGGCACAUUUUCAAGAGCCACGCCCAGACGGGCAUUUUGUGGAGCUCAGGGUUGGGCGAGGCCUGGACGCGCUUGCGGGGCACAGGCCCCGCAGGUUUGUCGGCGCACACAGCAGCCUAG